GUUCUAUUCUCUACACUUUCUCUUUCCUCUCUUUAGCCAUGAACCGUAUUGCAUCCAAGGCUGUCCAAGGCCGUUUCGGCGCUCGCUCCACCGGUGUCCUUAACCGUCUCUACUCGACCCACAAGGAAGUUCGUUUCGGUGUCGAUGGUCGCGCUGGCCUCUUGCGUGGUGUUGAUAUCCUCGCCCGUUCCGUUGCUGUCACCCUCGGUCCCAAGGGUCGCAAUGUCUUGAUUGAGCAGCCCUAUGGCUCUCCCAAGAUCACCAAGGAUGGUGUUACUGUCGCCAAGUCCAUUGUCCUCGAGGAUAAGUUUGAGAACCUUGGUGCACGUCUUGUCCAGGACGUCGCAAACAAGACCAACGAGGUUGCUGGUGAUGGUACUACUACUGCCACCGUCCUCACCCGUGCCAUUUUCACCGAGGGUGUCAAGAACGUCGCUGCCGGCUGCAACCCCAUGGAUCUCCGCCGUGGUUCCCAGUUGGCUGUCGAUGCUGUCAUUGGCUUCCUCAAGUCGAUCACCAAGGAAAUCACAUCUUCGUCCGAGAUUGCCCAGGUUGCCACCAUCUCCGCCAACGGCGACCACCACGUCGGUGGCAUGAUUGCCCAGGCUAUGGAGCGCGUCGGUAAGGAAGGUGUCAUUACCGUCAAGGCCGGAAAGACUCUUGAGGACGAGCUCGAGGUCACCGAGGGUAUGCGUUUCGACCGCGGUUUCAUCUCGCCCUACUUCAUCACCGACACCAAGACCCAGCGUGUCGAGUUUGAGAAGCCAUUGAUCCUGCUGUCCGAGAAGAAGAUCUCGAUGCUCCACGAUAUCCUGCCCGCUCUCGAGGCUUCUGCUACCCAACGCCGCCCGCUUUUGAUCAUCGCCGAGGAUCUUGACGGCGAGGCUCUUGCUGCCUGUAUCCUCAACAAGCUCCGUGGCCAGAUCCAGGUUGCUGCCGUCAAGGCCCCUGGCUUUGGUGACAACCGCAAGUCUAUCUUGGGCGACAUUGGUGUCUUGACCCACAGUGUCGUGUUCUCUGACGAACUCGACGUCAAGCUCGAGAAGGCCUCACCUGACCUGUUCGGUACCACCGGCUCGGUCUCGAUCACCAAGGAAGACACCAUCAUCCUCAACGGUGCCGGAUCCAAGGAUCAGAUCAACCAGCGUUGCGAGCAGAUCCGUGGCGCCAUGAACGAGACCGGUGUGUCUGACUACGAGAAGGAGAAGCUCCACGAGCGUCUUGCCAAGCUCUCUGGUGGUGUUGCUGUCAUCAAGGUCGGUGGUUCCUCUGAAGUUGAGGUUGGAGAGAAGAAGGACAGAUUCGAUGAUGCUCUUUGCGCCACUCGCGCUGCUGUCGAGGAAGGUAUUGUUCCUGGAGGUGGUGUUGCUCUGUUGAAGGCCGCCAAGGUCUUGGACAACUUGAAGGGUGCCAACUUUGACCAGCAAUUGGGUAUCAGCAUCAUCCGCCAGGCUAUCCAGACUCCCUGCCGUACCAUUGUUGACAAUGCUGGUGGUGAGGGUUCGGUUGUUGCAGGCAAGUUGUUGGAGGAGAAGGCCGAGAACAUCAACUGGGGUUACGAUGCUUCGUGCAACGAGUACGUCGAUAUGAUUGAGCGUGGUAUCAUUGAUCCCACCAAGGUUGUCCGCACUGCUCUUCUUGACGCUUCCGGUGUCGCCUCUCUCUUGACCACUACUGAGUGCAUGAUUGUCGACGCACCUGUCAAGGCUCAGGCAGCUGCUCCUAUGGGUGGUAUGCCCGGUAUGGGUGGUAUGGGUGGUAUGGGUGGUAUGAUGUAAAAAAAAAACAAAAAGCAGAAGCGAUAUAUAAAUACAUACCAUAAAAAAAAACACAGACACACACAGACACACACACACAUCAUACAUACAUCAACCUUUGACUUUAAUCUAUCAACACAUCACAAUCCGCCCCUUUUUUUCCCAUAAUGAAUUCGUUCAUAAUUAUUUGCCAUUUUGUACCAUAAAUCUAAUAAAUUCAAAGCAUUAUUGUAAAAAGCAAUUAGCUAU